GUUCCGCUGCGUGGAAAGACGUCCAACUCCUUAUCCCACUGGACCUUUUUUGAGUUUUUGUAGCAUACAAAUUGAAAACACGUUUAUGGACUACAAAUAACAUCGUGAAAUGUAAUGGUUAAUCUCAUUGUUUGUCUGGACUAAAGAGCAAAGAUGAAAAGUUUCAUUUUGUUCCUGGCGUUUUUCUCCGCGUCUUUGCUGAUGGCGUGUGGACGCCACCCCACUUGCAACUUCCUUGUGGAGGUGGAGAAAGAUCAUGCCGAGUGUGUGAAGAGACUCAAGGAGGAAGAGAGACGAGCGCCACACGAAGAGGCAGGCUGCAAAGGCACUUGGGAUAAUGUCACGUGCUGGGAACACACCGGGAUUGGCCAGACUGCCACCAUACCUUGUCCUCGCUUCCUCACCACCGUUUUUGGCACCAAUGGGAACAUCAGCAGGAAGUGCACAGCGUCCGGAUGGUCCGAUGUGUUCCCCAACAUAACCAGCGCAUGUGGUUCCGACACUCGCCAGGACAAGCUGGUGUUCUACGUGCUAGUGCAGACAUUGUACACACUGGGCCACAGCCUGUCCCUCAUCUUCCUCACCACCGGGAGUGCUGUCCUUUGCUUCUUCAGGAAGCUGCACUGCACCAGGAACUCCAUCCACCUCAACCUGUUCCUGUCCUUCAUUCUGAGAGCGGCCGCUGUGCUGGCGAAGGACCACUUUCUGUUCGGCCGCGCGGCGCAUUGCUCUGCUCAGCCCUCGCUGGUGGCGUGUCGAGCCAGCCUGGUGUUGUUGCAGUACUUCAUCAUGGCCAACUUCUUCUGGCUGCUGGUGGAAGCCUUGUAUCUCCACACCCUCCUGGUAGCCAUGUUCUCACAGAACACACACUUUGUGGUCUACAUGCUCAUCGGAUGGGGAAUCCCGAGCGUCAUCGUGUUCACAUGGGUGCUCAUGAGGAUUUAUCUGGAGGACACAGGGUGCUGGGAGAGGAAUGACAACCCAAUACCUAACUGGGUCAUCAAUGGACCUAUUGGACUGUCGAUUGUGGUCAACUUCCUGCUCUUUAUCCGCAUCAUUCGCAUCUUGGUGCAGAAGCUGCAGUGUCCCGACGUGGGUGGCGGUGACCACUUGCAGUACGGGCGGUUGGCCAAGUCGACUCUCCUGCUCAUUCCGUUGUUUGGGAUCCACUAUGUGGUCUUUGUGUCGCUCUCGGAAUCCAUGGCCGAAGACUACAAGAUCUUUUUCGACCUGGCCCUCGGAUCCUUCCAGGGUCUGGUGGUUGCCAUCCUGUAUUGUUUCCUCAACAGUGAGGUGCAAGGCGAGCUGACGAGGAAGUGGCGUAGCUUGUGUGUGGACUGCAGCCUGAAGCGAGCUCAGCGGUUAAGCAUCACACUGGCCUCCGGGAAAGGUUCUGAACACACGGUCCACCUCCAAUGCACCUCCAGAACUCAGUCCAUCCUCCAGUCUGAGACCACCGUGCUGCCUAACUGUCAAUGCUUCUGAAUGGUUGUCAAAUGUACUAAUCCUUUCUCGCUGCGCUGGUUUGGAACCACUGUGAACCCCCAGUUAUCGCUGGUGAUGUGUCCCAUAUGCACCUGCAAUAAGUAAACCAUCUGUGAAGAGAGAGCAUAGUGUCAUGGUCUGUCUUGGUUUGGGUUGUGUUUAGUUUUGUUCCAUGUUUUCCUGUGUUCCAUGUUUGUCGUGUGCUCAUUAGGUUGUCGUGUCCACCUGUUCUCGUCUACUUUGUGUCGACCAAUCAGCUCUCUCCAGCCACUCGUGUCUUGUCCAGGUGUUCCUCGUUGUCUCGUCAAUUUGUUUGUAUUUAGUUCCCUGGUUUCUUUCACUUCUUGUCGGUUCAUUGUCGUUGUCACAUGUCUUUGCCAUGUCAUAGUCGCCAGUUGUCUUUAUCAUUGUGGUAUGUCAUUGUCAGGUGUCAUCACUAUUCCACGUCUUACUCACAGGUCAUAGUUUGUUUCCAGUUUUAGAUAUUAAAGUGUUUCUUUGUUACUUUGGUUUGGUUAUCUGUUGUGGGACUUCGAUCAGUUUUGCUUUAUCCAAUAUCCUUGUUUUCCUUUUUUGAAGAUUAAAUAUUAUUAUUUUGACUCCCACA